UUUCCUGUUUUUUUGUGUUUUUUUUCACAUUUUAAAGCACUUAUCAGAGUUACUGAGCAAUAUGUUUACUCUUUUGACACAUCUGCUGUAAGAUUCAGAAACUCUACGUUCAGGACACAUCCAGAAAAGAUACACACAUCAUGUCUGUCUACUUCAGCCCUGGGUCAGACUCAGGAGUAAAUGGAAACAUUGCUAAGAUGGAUGAUGCAAAAGUGGAGAUCGAUGAUGGGAAAGAGGCGAGCGUGCUGCCUGACACAACAUACCACAAUAUUCGGAAAAAGAUCACCCCAUUUGUCAUGUCCUUUGGAUUUCGAAUAUUUGGAGUGGUGCUGAUCAUCGUGGACUUUGUGCUCGUGAUUGUGGAUUUCUCGCUGCCGGCAAAGAGCAGGGAGGUGGGAGAUGCUUUGGAGGCAGUGUCCCUCACCAUCUCCUUCUUCUUCCUGGCCGACGUUCUCCUGCGGGUGUACGUGGAAAGGGUGUACUUCAGCUCUAAUUUGAACAUUGUGGAUGCCUGUGUUGUCGUAAUCACGCUGGUGGUCACCAUGAUCUACACCUUCAGUGACCUGUCAGGUGCCAGCCUCAUCCCCAGGGUUGUGACAUUCCUGCGCUUCUUGAGAAUAAUAAUCCUUGUGAGGGUGUUCAGACUGGCGUCUCAGAAGAAAGAGCUGGAGAAAGUCACCAGGAGGAUGAUUUCUGAGAACAAAAGGCGUUAUCAGAAGGAUGGAUUUGACCUGGAUCUCACCUAUGUUACAGACCGCGUCAUAGCCAUGUCUUUCCCCUCCUCUGGGAAACAGGCCUUCUAUAGGAAUCCAAUCAGGGAAGUGGCCAGGUUUUUGGACACUAAACACGAAGGCCACUACAAAGUUUACAACCUCUGCAGUGAGAAAGGCUACGACCCGCAGUUCUUCCACUACAAGGUUGAACGGGUGUUCAUUGAUGACCACAACGUCCCCUCUUUGGACGACAUGUUGAAAUACACGGAAAACGUGAGGGAGUGGAUGUCAGCCGACCCCAAAAACAUCAUUGCUAUACAUUGUAAAGGAGGCAAAGGACGCACAGGCACAAUGGUGUGCACCUGGCUCAUUGACAGCGACCAGUUUGAGAGUGCGCAGGACAGUCUGGACUAUUUUGGUGAGAGGAGGACGGACAAAAGUCAAAGCUCCAAAUUUCAGGGUGUAGAGACACCCUCACAGAGCCGGUAUGUGGGCUACUAUGAGAUUAUGAAAACCAAGUUCAACAGACGGCUUCCUCCACCUCAAAGUCUCAGGAUCAAAAGCAUCCGCAUCCACUCCAUAGCAGGUGUGGGCAAAGGGGAUGGCAGCGAUCUGAGGGUGAAGAUCAUUGUGAAGAAAGAGCUGGUGUUUCAGUGUGUGUGUGCCAAACAGGAGAACUGCAAAGUAUUCCCCGAUGUAGGCAACAACGCGGCUGUCAUCAGCCUGGUGAACGGACCAGUGGUAGAGGGGGAUGUGAAGGUCAUGUUUGAGUCGAGUGCGGGUCUUCCUAAAGGAUAUGAAGAUGUUCCCUUUUACUUUUGGUUCAACACUUCCUUCGUAACAGAUAACAAGCUCUUUUUGCCAAGGGAAGAGCUGGAUAACCCACACAAACCAAAAACCUGGGACCUUUACAAGGAAGACUUUGGUGUCACCAUGACCUUCUCAGAGCCAGGGCAAUAGAACAUCUGUAUUAUCUUGAGCUCAGAAGGACUUCUGACCAGCUAAGUGGGGCAGAAAUGGGUAAAAUGAACACUAAUAAGUGGGAGUUUGGUGUUUGACAUGAACAGAUGGCACUUAUGCUAGGAGGCCUUAAUCUUAAGCAAAGCAGGUUCACCCUUUUCAAGGCUAAUGAUACUUGUAUUUCAAUAGUUUUUUGGUAAAAAUCUGUGUAAUGUGUCAAUUCCUAAUAAAUUACAUGAAACAUUCUCCAGUUUAUCAUUGGGGCCGUCUUAACACUGAUGGUUCCUACAACAGAGUUUUCUUUGUUUUCU